UGAGCGCUCGUCUCUUCCGCCUCCUUUCGUCCGGGCUGGCGUGGCUUCCUUCCGGGCUUGCCGAAGAAAAGUUACGGGGAGGUUCAGAGGCAACCGGGGCUUUAGACAGAAUGGACAGCCAUGGACGGAAAGUGGUGGUGUGUGACAACGGCACCGGGUUUGUCAAGUGCGGCUAUGCUGGCUCCAACUUUCCAGAGCACAUCUUCCCCGCCUUGGUGGGCAGGCCCAUCAUUCGCUCAACAGCCAAAGUGGGAAACAUUGAGAUCAAGGAUUUGAUGGUGGGGGACGAGGCCAGCGAGCUGCGCUCCAUGCUGGAGGUCAACUACCCCAUGGAGAACGGCAUCGUGCGCAACUGGGACGACAUGAAGCACCUGUGGGACUACACGUUCGGGUCCGAGAAGCUCAACAUCGACACGCGCAACUGCAAGAUCCUCCUCACCGAGCCGCCCAUGAAUCCCACCAAGAACCGGGAGAAGAUCAUCGAGAUGAUGUUCGAGACGUACCAGUUUUCAGGCGUCUACAUAGCCAUUCAAGCCGUGCUGACGCUGUACGCUCAAGGCCUUCUGACCGGCGUGGUGGUGGACUCUGGCGACGGCGUGACGCACAUCUGUCCCGUGUAUGAAGGAUUCAGCCUGCCACACUUGACCAGACGUCUGGACAUCGCCGGGCGGGAUAUCACCCGCUACCUCAUCAAGUUGCUGCUUCUGCGAGGCUACGCCUUCAACCACUCGGCCGACUUUGAGACAGUGCGCAUGAUGAAGGAGAAGCUGUGCUAUGUGGGCUACAACAUAGAGCAGGAGCAGAAGCUGGCACUGGAGACCACCGUGUUGGUGGAGUCCUACACGCUGCCAGACGGCCGUGUGAUCAAGGUGGGCGGCGAGCGUUUCGAGGCGCCCGAGGCCCUCUUCCAGCCUCACCUCAUCAAUGUGGAGGGCGUGGGCGUGGCCGAGCUACUCUUCAACACCAUCCAGGCGGCCGACAUCGACACCAGGCCCGAGUUCUACAAGCACAUUGUGCUGUCGGGAGGUUCCACCAUGUACCCGGGGCUGCCCUCGCGACUGGAGAGGGAGCUCAAGCAGCUGUAUCUGGAGCGUGUGCUCAAGGGGGAUGUGGAUAAACUAUCGAAAUUCAAGAUCCGCAUCGAAGACCCUCCCAGGCGGAAGCACAUGGUGUUCCUGGGCGGGGCGGUACUAGCUGACAUAAUGAAGGACAAGGACAACUUCUGGCUCACCCGCGAGGAGUACCAGGAGAAGGGGGUGCGCGUUCUGCAAAAGCUGGGUGUCACUGUCAGAUAAAAACACACACACACACACAAAAAAUCUAUUUAUCCUUCUCCUCUUUCCGCCUUCACCUCUCCUCUUUCUCGCUGUCGCCUUUCCCCUUUUCCGCCUUCACCUCUCCUGGCAAACGGUUCCAUCUUUUUUUGCACAAUUCCCAGUAUAACGUUAAAAAUAUAAGGUUGAUGUCCCCGCCAAUUCACGGAGAAAGUCGGGGACGUCUCGAAGGGAAGCCUACAAGUUUUUUUAUAUCACAAUCAGGGUCCACCCAGCGUAUUUUCUUCCCCCGUGACUAAUCACAUUUUUAUAAACAAUUUUCUUUUGGAGAGGGGUGACUUUUCUUUUAUUGCGGGUUUUUCAGUUGCUUUCCCCUCGCCAUUGUUGCAGUGCACUACUACCAUUGUGAAUGGAGUGUAACCGUGGUAACAGAAGUUUGCUUUUAAUGAAGUCGAACUCCCUUCAAAGCAGGGUUUCCCCCCAGAAAUUUGGGCCCAUCCUCGAAACGGUGGCGCUGAAACCCAAAUUUGGAAACUUCUUCGGAACACUUGCCAAACCAUUAAAUAAAACGUUAUGUAGCACAUGCGUAGAAAUUGAUAACUGGAGCGUUAUCGCUCAUUGAAGAAACCUGAAACGUUGGCGACAUACAAGGCUUCGAGGUUACCGAAUUUGCCGCUAUGCGAUGUACUUUAUCGUUAUCGCUAAGCUACGCUAAUGCAAUAUUAAUGUUGGAAUAACAGUAUUCGUAUCAAUUCACUUUCCGACAAUAAAUAUUACAAAUCCAAUUAAAAAAAGCCGAAUUGAUGAAAAUGUACGACCCAUAGAAAAAUUGUGUUUUUUGGGGAAACCCUGUCUUAAAGGAGAACAUAGGUAAAAAUGAAAGACGACCAAGAAUCUUACGACGAUUCAUUUGUGUGAUGGUACUUUCCGGCAUGAGGGGGCGUUUAAUCUGCCUUAGUGUUGAUCAAAAAGGCCUGCUGUUGUAUAUUUACUCAAAACGCAGCAAAUCACAGAAGGUUUAAAUGAAAAAGGCUGUUUUUGAGAUUUUUUUUUGAGACCCCCCUCUGGCCUGAUCAAUACUCGAGGCACUUCACCAAGAUUGUUUGGGGGGUGACGGUUGAUAAUGAUUCUUGGAUUGUAUAUUUUUCUUUUCCUCCUUUUCCAUGGAUGUCUUAUCCAGUGCCAAGUGCAGUUCAUGUUUUGUUGUACGUUUCUGCUGGCUUUUUAUUUUGUUGUCGCCACCAUUUUGUUUUGACUCUGUUGUUCAUAGCAUAACUGCCUAACGCUGAUUUAAAUAAAGAAAAGUGAUUUAUAAGGA